AUGACAACUCAACCACAGUUACACGUUACCGUCGUCAGGCAUGGCGAAACAAACUCGAACUUGAAGCGUAUUUUGCAGGGUCAUAUAAACACAAUUUUGAACAAAACAGGAAGAGAACAAUCAGAAUUAGUUUCACACCGUUUACGUAAAAUGAAAUUUGAUCAUAUUUACACCAGUGAUUUAUCUCGAACAAAAAAGACAGCAGAAAUUAUUGCAAAAAAUCAUCCAGAUGUACCAUUAACAGAAGACAUUCGACUUCGAGAACGGGACCUCGGAAGACUUAGUGGUUUAUCAAUCUAUAAAGCUUUAGAUUUAAUCAAAGAGGAGGAGUUGACAUGGAGUGAUUAUGGAGAAUCCGAUGAAGAUUUUAAAGCCCAGGUGGUUGAUUUCUUUAAUGACAUGAUUGCAAAACAUUUACCAAGAAAUGAUGGUAGUGUAAUACAAUCAUCUAAUAGUAAAGAUUCUUUAAAAAAUAAACCCGGCAUGAUGAAACGUAAUCCACAUGUUCUAAUAGUUACCCACGGUGGUACUAUCAACAAACUUGUUAAGGAACAUCUAAUUAUGGAUUUAGGAUUUUUUGUUAAUAAUUAUUUAAGUAUGAAACAUAAAGCUAAAAACUCUAGUGUCACGAAAUUCGUUGUACGAAGGAUUGAUGACCCUUCAAGUAUCACAACGGAUGAUGAUGAUGAUGCAACCAGUGUUAUUAGUAGUAACACAGCAGAAAAUGAAAGCGUUAUUGAUGAUAGUGGAUCAGAGAAAGCAACACAACGAAACAUUGAACGAAAGAUUCGAAUAGAAGGUGACGUUACACUUUGGAGUUGUGUGUCACACUUGUCAUCACAAGGAAAGCGUACACACGGCGAUUCACAAAUUGAUGAUUAUGUACAUUAA